GCCGGUGCCCUUUCAGCUAGGGCUUGACUGCUCACAGAUUUGGGGUGUGGGUCCUCUUAAUCUUCUGAUUCCUCUUAAGGACGGGAGAGAGAAACCUGACUUGUAGACCAUCAAGUCCUUAAAAGACACAUCUUCCUGCCCUCCAUGUAGUGAGGGAAAGCCGGGCAUAGGACCGGGUGCAGGCCUGCACCCCAAUUUUGCCACAGCCUGUCCUACUUCCUACCCAGGUGGCAUCUCCUCCAAGACUCAGUUUCUCUCCUGGAGAAAUGGAGUCGCUCUGGGAGUGGGGAGGUGGCUCUAGUUUCCAUGGAAACCCCUACCUCGGCAGGCAGUGAUAAAGGUGCCAAAGAAGGGAACUCAGAGAAAAGGCCUGGGAAGGAGUAAGAAUCUCUGGAGGGGUCGGGAAGGGUCUUGGCCUGGGCCUCAUGCUCCAGGCGGGACCCCAAAGUGGUGACGCCCCGAUGGCCAACUCAGGUUCUCAGAAUGCCUCCCUCUUCUUCCAGGGCACCUCUGGGUCUACAGAGAGUUCCAGAUCUGAUGCCUGCCCCGGGUGGGGAGGGUGCCCUUCCAAGCCCAGCGGGUCUGGGGACUGGGGUGGUGUUGGCUGGCAGCUUCAGAAACUUGGGGGGAAGAGGGAGGAAGAGGGAGUAGGCCUACAAAGGCUCCAGUCUUGGGGCUGGAGGAGGGAGGAGCAUUCCCUUACCUCAGGGCCCGGCCUCUCCCCUUGUUUGCUCUGAGAUAGCCAGUCUCGCUCCUGCCCAGCCAAGGCUGCCCCCGUGGGUGCCGCUGUCCCUCCCCCCACACGCACCCACCGCACCCACCCACCCACUGACCGGACACGCCAUGGCCAGGCUUCGGGGGCUGCUCCUCUGCACGGCCCUGCUGGGCUUCGUCUGCCUGGGCGCCCCCGGGCUAGCCGUGGAGGUAAAGGUGCCCGUGGAGCCCCUGAGCACCCCUGCCGGCAAGAGCGCAGAGCUGACCUGCAGCUACAGCACGUCCGUGGGAGACAACUUCGCCCUGGAGUGGAGCUUUGUGCAGCCUGGGAAGCCCAUCUCGGCAGCCCAUCCUAUCCUGUAUUUCACCAAUGGCCACCUGUAUCCAACUGGUUCUAAGGCAAAGAGGGCCAGCCUGCUUCAGAAUCCCCCCACAAGAGGGGUGGCCACCCUGAAACUGACUGAUGUCCAGCCCUCAGAUACUGGAACCUACCUCUGCCAAGUUAAUAACCCGCCAGACUUCUACACCAAUGGCUUGGGGCUAAUCAACCUUACUGUGCUCGUGCCCCCCAGUAGUCCCUCGUGCAGUGCAAGUGGGCAGACCUCCGUGGGGGGCUCUGCUGCACUGAAGUGCAGCUCUUCCCAGGGAGCCCCCAGGCCAGUGUACAACUGGGUACGCCUCGGAUCUUCCCCUGCACCUUCUCCUGGCAGCAUGAUGCAAGAUGAGGUGUCUGGCCAGCUCAUUCUCACCAAUCUCUCCCUGACCUACUCUGGCACCUACCGCUGUGUGGCCACCAACCAGAUGGGCAGUGCCUCCUGUGAGCUGACCCUCUCUGUGACCGACCCAUCCAAAGGCCGAGUGGCUGGGGCCUUGAUUGGGGUGCUCCUGGUCGUGCUGUUCUUGUCAGUUGCUGCAUUCUGCCUGUUAAGAUUCCAGAAAGAGCGGAGGAAGAGGCCCAAGGAGACGUAUGGGGGCAGUGACAUUCGGGAGGAUGCCCUUGCUCCUGGGAUUUCUGGGCAAACUUCCAUGAGAGCCGAUUCUAGCAAAGGGUUCCUGGAGAGGCCCCCCUCUGCCAGCAGUGCGACAACCACCAAGUCCAAGCUUCCUAUGCUUGUCUGAUUUCUCCCCCUAUCCUUAAGGGGGAAUAUCCAGAAUUAAAGCCCUUGGGUACCAUGCUGUUUCCCCUUCUUCUCUUCUGGUGGCAAAGCAAAUUCCCCCAGGCGGCACAAAAAUAUUACCAGCACGGGAAGGAAUGGGC